UUCCUCUUCAGAGCUCGCAGCAACAACAGCUCUGCCAUGCGGCGUGCUCUCUGGAGAUGUCUGGUGCCCCUGGCGAUGCUGCAAGCAGCAGCUGCUGUAUCUUCGGGUGGGGCAUGCGGUCCGCGCCGGUGGCAGUGCGCAAACAAGGACUGCAUCGAAGCCUUCAGCAAGUGCGACGGGAAUGCCGAGUGCGCCGACCGCAGCGACGAAGUGGCGUCCGUCUGCAACCAAGUCCCCCAAACGGAACUUUCAACCGGACACUCGACGGAGGUUAGGUUGCAGUACGACGCGGCUUUCGGCCAUCCAGUGUUCUACAUGUGUGACGACUCCUCUUGUGGCCGGCUGGCCAUCGAGGGCGCGAACGCCAACGGAGAGCUGCAGUAUUGGAACUCGACUGGCUGCAACCUCCGGAGUGGCUUCUGCCCCGACAACCAGCAUGUGGUCCCGGACGGUUCGCGGGAGUGGUCCACCGGCGAGUACUCGUUCGUGGCGGAGCGGCGCUCCUCGCAGCUUGCCGUGUGGCUGCAGGGCCGGCCCAACCGCGUGGCCAGCGUGUCCGUCCCCGCGGCCAGCCGCGUCCUCAAGGUGCGGCCCUGGCAGUGGAGCGCCGACAUGCCCGUGCAGUUCAAGCACCGUGCCGUUUGUGGUCCUAGGAAAUGGCAGUGCGCUAACGGCAAUUGCAUCGACGCAUUCAGCAAAUGCGAUGGAAGGGCCGAGUGCGCAGAUGGAAGCGACGAGUUUGCAGAUGUCUGUAAUGCAGUGCCCUCCACUGACCUGAAUGUGGGUCACUCCACUGAAGUCCAGAUAAUUUACGACAAGGACUUCGUGCAACCCGUGUUCUACAUGUGCGACAGUUCCUCUUGCGGUCGGCUGGCCAUUGAGGGUGCAAACGCAGACGGGCAGCUGCAGUAUUGGAAGUCGACUGGCUGCAACGUCAGGAGCGGCUUCUGCUCUGACAACACUCACGUGGUCCCGGACGGUUCGCGGGAGUGGUCCCCCGGCGAGUACUCGUUCGUGGCGGAGCGGCGCUCCUCGCAGCUUGCCGUGUGGCUGCAGGGCCGGCCCAACCGCGUGGCCAGCGUGUCCGUCCCCGCGGCCAGCCGCGUCCUCAAGGUGCGGCCCUGGCAGUGGAGCGCCGACAUGCCCGUGCAGUUCAAGCACCUUGCCAAGAAAGACGCGUGCGGCAAGGCCCAGCCAGGGCCUUCCGAGUUGGUGCAGGAUGGGGACACCGCCGCCGUGGAGACGGUGCCCUGGCACGCCGCGAUCUACGUGGAGAGCUCUGGCCGCAAGGACAAGGAGUACGUCUGUGGGGGCAGCCUCGUCGCCCGCUGCUUUGUCGCCACGGCUGCGCAUUGCGUUCCGGAAGACGCCAAGAUGUUCGUGGCCCUCGGGAAAUUCUUCAGCGGUUGGGAUUCGGAAGAUGAGCCCAAGAUUGUGAAGACUAGAGUAAAAACAGUCCACAAGCAUGCCUACUACAGGGGGCAUGCCAACAAACAGGGUUAUGACAUCGCUGUGCUGGAGCUGGAAACCUGCGCCGACCCCAGCGACAAAGUUUUUCCCAUUUGUCUAGAUGGAGGCGUUAAACCCACGUCGAAAAGUAACAUCAAGAUUGCAGGAUGGGGCAACGAGACAACUACACUGCCGGAGCUGGAAUCCGUUAAUUUAUCACAGCUUGACUUCGAAGACUGCUUUAACUCAAUGAGCUCCAAUUCAGCGCAGCUUGCUUACGUGACCCACGACAAGUUUUGCGCCAAGCGAAGAAAAGACACUCCUCGUUCCGGCCUCCUGCAGGGAGACAGCGGUGGAGGCGCACUCGUCAAGCGCGACGGAGCGUGGUUCCUCGCCGGCAUCGUGUCCAUCCGCCUGCACGACGACAAACUGGAGGACGUGUACGCCCUCACGGACGUGUCGCAGUACGUCCACUGGAUAAAGCGCCUCGCAAAGCUUUGAGCGUCAUGUAGACUUUUUUUUGUAUUCCUAACAUCCUCUGGUGGACCCACGUGAUGAUCCACUUUCUGUCGUCGCCGAGUGAAGAACAGAAGCAAUAAAAAAGCAAGAACCAAA